GUAAACUGUAGUCAAUAAAUAGAUAUUGUGGUCUCUGUUGUAAUCAACAAUUUAACUGUCUUUGUUGCUCUAAUAGUUUAAACCCCUAUCUAUUGAAACAAACCAAGGAAGAAGAAUAGCAACAAAAAAAAAAAUAAAUAAUAAGAAUAAAAAAUUGUAAGCAGGGACAGGGACGAUUACGAGGAACCAUCAUGAUGGUGGUGAUUGCACUUGGAUAUUUAUAACAAUUAAUAUUAUAGACAACUAAUCCAAUAAAAUAAUAAUAAUUGGUUACUGAUUUCUGAUGAAUGCUGCUACACAUUAAUUUAAUUAUAAUAAUAAUAAUAUAAAUUUCAUCUGAUUAUUUUAAGUAGCAACGAUUUGUUUGGAUUUAUGGUGUCAAGUCACAUUGGCGAUGAAAAUAGUAACAACUGUAGACUUGACAUAAAACGGUGGUAAUGAUAAAGAACUUUAUCAAUAAAAUAAUGGACGGGGGUCCAGUACCACCGUAGUUUUAAAUAAACAACAAAACAAUAAAUGUUUGCCAUGAUAUUGACGACUACAACCAGCUCAAAUAGAACUAACGCAAGUCAUUCACCUCCAGUAUCAUCAUCAUCAUCAUCAGUAGCAGCAGCAGCAGCAUCAGCAGCAAAUAUGUCAAUGAUUGAAGAAGAUCCAGUAAAUACAACAACAGGAACAGGAGCAGUAACUACUGAUGAACCAUUUCCACCUCAUGUUGAUGUAACAAAUAUUGUAAUAAAUCCAGAAUCACCUUCUAGUAAAAAACAAACUCUUAAAACAUUUAAUGAAGUAAAUACACUGAUACAAAGUAAUAGAAAACGUGAAGUUAAAAUAAUUUUACGGGAAAAUGCUUGGCCAUUAAAUAAUGGAAUAAGAGCACAUUUAUGGCCAGCACUUUGUCAGCAACAUACAUCAGCUAAAAAUAUAUUUACCAAAGCUGAAGAUGGUUUUUAUUGGGCCAUGGUUACCUCAUUGUUUGGUACUGUUGAAUUAUCAGAAAAGUCAAUAGUGUUGCCGUCAUUUGUUGACAGCAGUCAUUGUCUGUCGUACAAUUUAACUGGAAAGGGUAGAAAUAUUGCUGAUCGUGUAGUAUCUGUGUUAGGAUUUUCAUGUCCAGAUAUAACAUACAGUCCAACACUUUAUCCAUUUACGGCAUUACUUUUACAUUUUAUGACUGAGGAAGACUGUUAUCACUGUAUGGCAAGUUUAGUUGCUUGCAAAGAUAAAGUAUUUGUAACACAAACAAAAUUAUUGUUUGAAGUUACGUGGAAAACUGUCGAACAAAUAGCUAAAAAAUAUGUUAAAUCAGCAGCUGCGCAUUUAUCACGACACAGUGGUAUGAGAGGUGAUAGAAUUUAUUCUGAUUGGAUUUGGUGGAUUCUUCAAUUACUUCCAUUUCAACAUAUUGUCAGGGUAAUGGAUUGCUUUUUACACGAGGGUUCAAAGGUAUUUUAUCGCAUUGCAAUGGCAAUAUUGUUAUUAUUCUAUAAACAUUCAUCGUCACAGUCAUCAGAUUGGAUGCAAGAAAUAGUUAAACAUGGAUUAGAUACAGCAUUAUCAAAAUUUUGCCGCCAAAUACCGGUAAGCCCGGCAAAAUUAUUAAGAAUAGCAUUUGGAAUUCGCGGACUUACAUCGGCUUACAUAUCAAAAGUAUUUUUACGUACGGAAUUAACAUUAAAAAGCAGAACUGUAUUAACAGGGUCGCGAUCACUUGCACGAUCUCGAUCAUCGGACAAUUUACCAACAAGUCAAUCUCAAGUCAACAUACAGAUGAUGUCACACACACUCACUAUACGAGAGGGUUCACAUAGUCCGGAACCGCGGUCUUAUGCAAUGGGAGCUUAUCCCAUACAGGGAAUUAAAUCACUAGUCGUUGAGGAAGAUGAAAACCUGUUUACGUUGUGGUCGUGGUUGCCAGUCAGGAUAACAAUGUACCAGCCUACAUUACUGUACACUACUGAAGAACACGGAUGUUCAUUAACGACAUUCUAUUUACGAGUCGAACAACAUGAGCCGACUUUACUAAUGAUAAAAACCUGUAAUAAUGAGGUCUUUGGUGCGUACUGUUCAACGAGAUGGUGUGAGCGUAAUAUGAAAGAUGACAAAGGACAUAGACAGGCAUACUUUGGUACCGGAGAGACAUUUUUAUUCAGUUUAUAUCCAGAACGUGCUAAAUAUCCAUGGGUUGGUAUGGAUUCAACGCACAAUGAUAUUAAAGUUCAUCAUUCAGCAGAAUUAUUUAUGGCUGCUGAUUCUAAAAUGAUAACAAUUGGCGGCGGUGACGGUCAAGCAAUUUGGAUGGAUGAAAAUAUAAGAUAUGGAAAAACUGAUCACUGUUCGACAUUCAACAAUCCGCCUCUCUGUGCUAGCGGUGAUUUCGAGAUAAGAGUAUUGGAAGUAUAUGGUUUUUCCGGAGCUUAAUAUAUAUCUAUCUACAUAUAUAUCAUUUAAUUAAAAAGAAAUUAAUAAGAAAAAAAUCUACUGCCAUUUAUAUUCUCUCUAUUGUGUCGAUUAGCUGAAAGUUUUAAAUUAAAUUUCGUGUGUCAUCGAUGUUAAAUUAUAUAUAUAUAUAUAUAUAAUUUGCUUAAACAAUAGUAUUAUUAGACUUGAAUUGCCAAUUAGUCAGCUGUUAAAAUUAUAAAAAUAAUUAUGACUGUAAAAUUUAAAAGAAAAAAUAAUGACUAUCGUUAACGCUUCAAUUGCAUUAUAUAGAUUUUUUUUUCUUAGUUUAUAUAUAUAUAUAUAUAUAUCUAUAUAAAUAUAUGUACAUAUAUUAGUCACUAAACAGGAUAAUAAUUUUGCUUGUGUUAUAAACAAUAGGCGUAAGUUUGCGUUGGGAACAAUUGAGCGCGUAUUUAUUAUUUAUGAAAUGAAAUAAAAUGAAGAAGCAAUUGAGUGAGACAAUUAUUAUUAUUAUUAUUUAAUUAAUUAAUUAAUUUAUAUAUAGACUUAACAAUUAAUAACAAAUAUGACUGCGCCUAGUCGAUUAUUGUCUAUCGAGUAAGGCUCUCUUGCAGAAAAAAAAAAAAAAAGAAAAAGUUAUUGUGAAAAGUCAAGAGAUUUAUUAAUUUAUAUUUUUUUUUUCUUCGAUUCCAAAGUCAAUCAAGUCCUGAUUAUUUUAUAUAAAUAUGUAUAUUUAAUAUAUUUUAAGGUCAAGCCUCAAAUCAUAAAAUAAUAAUAAUAAUAAUAUUUUUGACGACAAUAAUUAUUGAGAAAUAGUUUAAGUAAAAU